GACGUGCGUGUAGCGUGUGAGUUUCACUACAAUUCGUAACAGCUCUAUUAUAAUAUCAUCAAUAAAAUUGUGUUCGUAGGAAAACAAUAAUAAUAAUAAUAAUAAUACAUCGUUAACUUUUUAGUCCAAAACGCGAUCUUAGUGCGAAACAGUUGUGAUUUUAUUGACGGUAUACUAUAUAUCUCGAUAAUAUAUUAUAAUAUAUCUACUACUUGCUAUUGUAAAGUGAAUAAUUAAAAAAAAAUCUUUAUUUGAAUUUAAUUUCAUGUAUGGUUUUCAGAACUUCAAUUUCGUCAUUUAUUUGUAAAAUAAUAUUAUAUUACAAUUUUUUAACUCUGCGGGCCGACCCUGAAAUUAACGUUUGACCGGAGUAGAAAAAUAGUGCACGUGCAGCAAGUGUUAAAUAAUCAUUUAGAUAUAUACUUUAUUUGUUGGCAUCACGAUCAAAAGAUUCCGACUAGUUGAGUUAUUCUGCCUCUCGAAGUCUCGACCGUUUGUAUGGUUGGACAUUACUAUAUUUAUAAUCACUAUGGAAACAAUAUUUUCCUCUUCCGGCCAGUACAACACGAACAGCAUGGACACGACCGAAUUGCGCGAAAACGAUAAAAGUUUUUGGGAAAAAUGUGUAUGGAACGUAAAGAACAGGCCUUUGGUAUUUCUAUUGAUUUUACUAUUGGUCGUCUCAGUAAUAGGAGCAUUGAUUUACUUCACCACAGACAUAUUCAAUAAGCCUCAAGCAAUACACUACGAACCAUUACAGUUUCAACAACUUCUUAGCGGCAGCUACGAACCUAAUCUUUUCAACGGGACAUGGGUCCAAGGUGACGAAAUAUUGAUGAAAGAUGAUAAAGGAGAUAUUGUACUGUUUAAUGUGAAGAAUUUACUCACGACAGUUAUAGCAAACGCUUCCACAAAAAACGUCAAAAACAGCUUUCAAUACGAUCUUUCUGCCGACAAGCAAUUCUUGCUUUUAGCUUAUCACUACAAAAAAGUAUUCAGGCACUCGUUUACUGCUUUUUAUGAUAUAAUUAAUGUUAAAACAGGAGAACAAUUCACGUUACAAAACCAGAACUCUGCUAACGCCUGGGAUUUACAAUUAGCCAAGUGGUCACCCGUUGGUCACAGUUUAGCGUUCGUGGAUCAUAACAACGUAUAUUACAUACAAGACAUUAAUAAUCUGACGAGCACCGUACAGUUGACAUUAACGGGUGGCUCAGAAUUGUAUAAUGGCAUUCCUGACUGGGUAUACGAGGAGGAGAUAUUUAGUUCGAACAGUGCAAUGUGGUUUUCGAAGCAGGGAACCCGGGUGGCGUACGCUGCGUUCAACGACUCGUUGGUGCCCACGAUGCAAAUACCCGUGUACGGUGUUCCGGGAAACUUGGCUUACCAGUACCCGAACACUGUCAGUAUUCAUUACCCAAAGGUCGGUGUGCCCAACCCCACGGUAGAAUUGUUUGUGCAACGUCUGGACGUGAUUGGUGAAAAACCAGAACCCAUACCCAUCGAGCCACCAAAAGAACUAACUUCAGUCACUAAAGAUAUUAUACUAAAUACGGUCAUAUGGUCAGAUGAUACAAACCUAUUUGCAAUGUGGAUGAACCGAGUACAAAAUAAAUCAUACUUAGUUCAUUAUUCCGUGGUCAAUUCUGCAGAAAGUAUUAACAUAGUAGCAUUCAGUCAAUCAGGGGGAUGGUUGGAUUUCACACAAAUACCAUUGAUCGGCAACGAAAAUCGCCUGGCUAUAUUAUAUCCUGUGAAACAAUCGGACGGAAAUAAUUUCAAGCACAUAGUCAUAGUAGAACCCGAUGGAAAAUUGACUCCAAUAACGAAUGGAAAAUUCGAAAUCCUCGAGCUUCUGAAAUGGGACAUACAGUCAAACUACAUUUACUAUUUGGCUAAUACAGAAGAAAAUCCCGAAGAACAGUACCUGUACCGGGUGUUAGUUAAAGAACAAAGUUCACCAGAAUGUAUGUCAUGCACGACGAAAUGUAAAUAUAAUAAAGCGGAGAUGAGCGUGGAAAACGAAUAUUAUACGCUAAUAUGCUCUGGUCCAAACGUGCCAGAGGUCAAAAUAUUUAAAACGACUGGUGAAAAAGUUUUGGAUUGGGAAACGAACGAAAACCUCAAGGACUUAAUAUCUACCAUUACUCUUCCCCGAGUAUCGUUCAUCAGCGUGCCAAUCGAUAAUGGAUUCAUGGCUCGCGUUCGACUUAUACUACCGCCAGCCGUCGACGAAAGUGCGGAUAUCAAAUACCCACUGUUGGUCAACACUUAUGCCGGUCCCGGAUCGAAUUUGGCACUCAACAAGUUUUCAUUGGAAUGGAACAUGUAUUUUAGUUCGAGCAAAAAUGUAAUCGUCGCUCAAAUUGACGGCCGUGGGUCAGGAAGAAGGGGCGAUAGAAAUAUGUUCUCUAACUAUCGGAAAUUGGGUACCCAUGAAAUCGAAGACCAAAUAUUCGUUGCGAGUUAUCUCCAGGAUCGAUUUUCCUUUAUUGACAAAUCGAAAACGGCAAUUUGGGGUUGGAGUUAUGGCGGUUACUCGGCUGCCAUGGCUUUAACUAAAGACGACAAAAAUGUGUUCAAAUGUGGAUUGUCCGUCGCUCCUGUUACCGACUGGAUAUACUAUGACUCGAUAUACACGGAACGCUACAUGGGCUUGCUUACAGAUGAUGUAGCAGGUUACAAAAACGCCAGCCUAUUGAAAAACGCCGAGAAACUCCGUGACAAAAAGUAUAUGGUUAUACAUGGCACGUAUGACGAUAACGUUCAUUACCAACAGUCCAUGAUGCUUUCCUAUGAACUGGAACGAAGAGUAAUACUUUUCAGACAACAAACUUAUCCAGACGAAUCGCAUGGUUUAUCAAGCGUUCGCAAUCACGUGUAUCAAACAAUUGGUUCAUUUUUGUUGGAUUGUUUCCACGACAGGUUGUGAUCUCAAUAACUAUGAUUAUUAACAGACAUUGUAUUAUUUUUUAAACAUUUAUUAUUGUUUUAUUUGAAUUAUCAUAAUAUUUGUCUUGUAUCAGAUUCUACGAAUCAUCAUUCAAUUCAUUUUUCAAUUCAUUUUUUGUUUAUUUUUAUUUAUUUAUUUUUUUUAAUACACCUCAAACCCAAAAUGUUGUUUGUCAUGAAAAAAUAUAUACCUAAUUAAUACGUUUAAGAUGUUUUCAUAAGUUUACUUCAUAAUUGUUUUCAUUAUCGAUAGUGUUCUAUGCGUUAAUUGUUAUGUGCCAUUUAUAAAAAUCAUCUACUUAAAUAUACAUUAUUGCUUUAA